CUCGAGAGGGAGCGCGAAGGAGGAACUCGUUUAGAAUUUUCCCGUUGAAUUCUUCCGAGGCUGCGGGAGAGAUGGCGCUUCACGAACCGGAUCCGGGAACGAAGAGUCUGCAGGAGGCUGACCUGUGUCCCUCCGCGCCCCCACCCUGCUCACACUUCUUAUCAGCCAACACCAUCUUCAUCGUGGAGCGCUGUAUGAGUGCCAUGCAGUCGGGGACGCAGAUGGUGAAGCUGAGAGGAAGUUCCAAGGGGCUUCUGCGCUUCUACUACCUGGACGAGCACAAGUCGUGCAUCCGCUGGAGACCCUCACGGAAGAACGAGAAAGCCAAAAUCUCCAUAGAUGCCAUCCGGGAGGUGUGCGAGGGGAAGCAGUCCGAGAUCUUCCAGCGCUACUCGGACGGCAGCUUUGACCCCAACUGUUGCUUCAGUAUUUAUUAUGGGGACCACAUGGAGUCGCUGGAUCUGAUCUCCUCCCGAGGAGAGGAGUCUCGCACGUGGAUCACUGGCCUCAAGUACCUGAUGGCAGGGAUCAGCGACGAGGACAGCCUGUCCAAACGCCAGAGAACCCGCGACCAGUGGCUAAAGCAAACGUUUACGGAGGCGGACAAGAACGGGGAUGGGAGUCUGAGUAUCAGCGAGGUGCUGCAGCUGAUGCACAAGCUGAACGUCAAUCUGCCUCGGCAGAAAGUCAAGCAGAUGUUCAAGGAGGCCGACACGGAUGACAACCAGGGCACGCUGGACUUCGAGGAAUUCUGUUCCUUUUACAAGAUGAUGUCCACACGCCGAGACCUGUACCUGCUGAUGCUGAUGUACAGCAACCACAAGGAUCAUCUGGACACAGAGGACCUCCAACGCUUCCUGGAGGUGGAACAGAAGAUGACCAAUGUGACGAGGGAGCAUUGCCUGGAGGUGAUUAAGAAAUUUGAACCGUGUGUUGAGAAUCAGCAGCAGGGGGCGCUGGGGAUUGAUGGUUUCACCAGUUACAUGCGCAGCCCAGUGGGCGACAUCUAUAACCCGGACCAUAACCGUGUGAAUCAGGACAUGAGGCAGCCGCUGUGCAACUAUUACAUCGCCUCGUCCCACAACACCUACCUGAUGGGGGACCAGCUCAUGUCACAGUCGCGAGUGGACAUGUACGCCUGGGUGCUGCAGGCUGGCUGCCGCUGCGUGGAGGUUGACUGCUGGGAUGGCCCGGACGGAGAGCCCAUCGUUCACCACGGGUACACUCUCACCUCCAAAAUCCUCUUCAGAGAUGUGAUCGAAACCAUCAACAAAUACGCCUUUGCCAAGACUGAUUACCCUGUGAUCCUGUCCAUUGAGAACCACUGCAGCGUGCCCCAGCAGAAAGCCAUGGCCAGGCACCUGUGUGAGGUUCUGGGCGACAAACUGGAUUUGACCUCUGUCAGCACGGACGACCCAUCGCGGCUGCCAUCGCCCGAGAGCCUGAGGGGCAAGAUCCUGAUCAAGGGUAAGAAACUCCCAGCGAAUAUCAGUGCAGACGCAGAGGAAGGUGAUGUAUCGGAUGAAGACAGCGCGGAUGAAAUUGAAGACGAAUGUAAAUUAAUGAACGGAGACUGGAAGGCCACGGCUAACAGGAAGCAUGUGGAGAGCUUCGCCAAGAAGAAGCUGGACUCGCUCAUGAAGGAGUCGAAGAUCCGAGACCGGGAAGAUCCGGACAGCUUCAGUGUGAACGCCAUUCCGCAGGCCGGGAAAAGCCUCUCCCCGUCCAACUCCAAGAAGCAGAAGAGCAGUUCGGGGGGAGGGGCAGCGAGCGACAAAUCAACACACAGAACCGAGGACGGGCUGGGCUCUGGGGAUGAUGGAGGCACCAACAAGAGGCACAGUCGCUCCUUCAUCGGCAGCUUCUCCAAGCGGAAGAAAAAAACAGCCAAGUUGAAGAAGUCCUCAAGCUUUGAAGACAAUGAGGAUGAUCACGAGCUUCAAGCCAACGCUGGCAAGAUGCCCUUACAUUCCACCAGAAGUGGGCGGCAGAAGAAAACCAUGAAGUUGUCCCGAGCCCUGUCUGACCUGGUCAGGUACACCAAGUCUGUCGGCACACAGGACAUCGAGACAGAAGUCUCGUGUAGUUGGCAAGUGUCAUCGUUCAGCGAGGCUAAGACCCACCAGCUCCUGCUACAAAAGCCUCACCAUUACCUGCGAUUCAACCAGUGGCAGCUAUCCCGCAUCUACCCCUCCUCCUACAGAGUGGAUUCCAGCAACUUCAACCCUCAGCCGUUCUGGAACGCUGGCUGCCAGUUAGUUGCCCUGAAUUACCAGUCAGAGGGGAGAGUGCUACAGCUGAACCGAGCCAAGUUUAACACCAACGGGAACUGCGGAUACGUCCUUAAGCCCAAGUUUAUGACGGAAGGCACUUUUAAUCCCACCGCCGAGGAACCGCUGCCCACACAGUCGAAGAAGCAGUUAGUGCUGAGGAUCAUCAGCGGCCAGCAACUACCCAAACCCAAGGACUCCAUGCUGGGGGACAGGGGAGAGAUAAUUGACCCCUUUGUGGAGGUCGAGGUGAUCGGACUGGCUGUCGAUUGUGUCAAGGAGCAGACCCGAGUGGUUGACGACAACGGGUUCAACCCCAUGUGGGAGGAGACUCUGGUCUUCACGAUGCACAUGCCUGAAAUCGCUCUCGUACGCUUCUUGGUCUGGGACCACGAUCCCAUCGGCCGCGACUUCAUCGGACAACGGACACUGGCGUUCACGAGCAUGAUGCCUGGUUAUCGGCACGUGUACCUGGAGGGGAUGGAGGAGGCUUCUAUCUUUGUACAUGUCGCUGUCAAUGAAAUCAGUGGUAAGAUCAAACAAGUCUUGGGAUUAAAAGGACUUUUCCACAGAAAUCCAAAGCAGUCCUCGCUGGACGGCCAUGUUGCUGUUCUUCUCGCCCGCAAACACUCCUUUAACAGUCACCUCCUGCGCCGGACAGCCAGCGCUCCGGCCAAGGGCCAACAAAAGAGCAAGAAGGGCUUCCCAGAGAUCGCCAUCGACACCAAAGGCUACAGCUCAGAAGGAGCCAGCGAGGACCGGGGGGGCGAGGCGGAGCCCGAGCGCGCCGGGAGCGCGCCGGAAUGCUCCGGGACGGCCGGCACCGACGGGGAAGCCCUCCACGACGCUGAGCAGUGCCCAGCGCCGGGCAGCCCGACACCCGCCCUGGAGACCAUCAGCGAGGAAUCCACACUCCCGGCAGAGAAACCCGGCGCUGCCCUCGGCUCCCGCCGGACGGACGGAUUUUCCGGGGAAAACCACUGCCGCUCGGGAGAGCCGGGAGCCACGCAUGGUGCCACGGACUCCGGCUGUCCGGAGCCAGCGGGGAACGGGGACGCGAUCCUGGGCGCUGAGGGCGCAGAACCGGCGGGAGAGGAGGCCGCGGGAGAGCGGGUCCCGGAAGAUCUUGGGAAAGUUGGAGCCGGAGUCAGAGUCGGACCAGACGGACUGCGCCGACCGGCCGACCACCCGGAGGAGACAAGCGCGGGGUGCGAAUCUCCCCCGGCAGCGCCCGGCGGGGCCGCUGCCGUUAACGGCGGCGACGAGGCGGCGGUCGCUUUGGCGCCGGCUCCCGUUUCCGAGCCACGACUCUCCGGCGGUCUCGGAGGCACCCCCAGUUGCCAGGCCAGGAGGGAUGUCCGCUUGGUGCCCAGCCGGCGUCGAGCCUCCAUGCCGAACCCCGCCGAACUCUACCCCUCCCCGGUGCCGGCCGUCGUCUCCGACGUGACGGUAAAUGACCGGAUUUGGUGCAAGCUGGAGCCAGGCAGCCACCGGGACAGCAUGUCCUCCUCCUCCAGCAUGUCCUCCAACGACACCGUCAUCGACCUCUCCUUGCCCAACCUGGCCAGGAAGAGCCUGUGCGACCUGCAGGCCGCCUGCCUGCGGGGAGGUGGCGGGGACGGGGGGGGAGAGGCGCUGAUGGACCCCGGGUCUCGGGGCCAGAUGCACAGCAGGGGGGUCUGCAAGAGCAAGUCCAAUCCCAACCUCCGAGCCGAGGAGGGCGAGGGGGAGAGCCGGGAGACAAGCGUCUCGCCUCCUGAGACCCCACCGUCGCCCUCGGCUCUCCCCCUGGCCCUCCACCCCAGACGCCACACGUGGAACAGGCUGUACGUGGAGAGCCUGAGACCCCCGGCCUCCCCCUCUGCCUCACCCGGGCCCGCCACGGGCUCCAAGCCGCAGAGAGCGGUGCAGCCGGCAAGGAGGGUGGCCUCCGCUCCCAGCAAGUCCAAGAGCCUGGGGGACCUGACCUCUGAGGACAUCGGCUGCAGCUUCCAGAGCAAGUACAAGAGCAUCAGCCGCAGCUUCGUGACCGGGGCCAUGAGGGAGCAACGGCGGGCGGCCGGGGGGAGGGGCAAGGCCGCCGCCGCUCGCGACGGCGAUGACCUGACCGAGAGGCUCCGGAGGUUGACCAGCUUCGAGCGAGAGGACGACAUCACCUCGCCCACGGCCAGGGCGGGGGGCCCGACCCCGGAGACCGAGGAGCCCGAGGACCUCAGCCCCGUCGCCAUGCGCCGUUCGUCCUCCCGCAGCCAGAGCCGAGUGCGAUACGUGCAAACCCGAGCCCGUCAGGCGGCUGAGAGAGAGCAGAGGCUUCGGUGUCAGAGCCUGGGCCACGCCAGCCCCCUCUUCCUGGGGCUGAUGGAGGAGCGGGGUAACCCCGAGGGAGCGUGUUCCAACUCUCGCAGCGUCUGUGCCGACCUCAGCCUGGCCCCCCCCACUCUCCCCGACACACAGGGGGCCAAGGGUCCGUCAAACCUUGGGGAGGAGGGGGCUGAAGUCUUCUUCAUGUUAAAACUCUGA